CCAAUAAGCUGGCCGGGCUCUAGAAUGAUCAGGUCAGCCUCGGGACUCAAGAACACUAGCUCCACCCAUCUCCGAACUACAUUUCCCAGAAGGCGCAGCGGGGAGCAGCUGGUACAUGACGUCACUUCCUGUUCCAUUCGCCUUUGACAGUCAGUCUAGUCCUGCGAGAGGUUCUGAGACCGAGCUCUAGCCUGGAUCCUGCUUUAGAGGAGAGAUCCCUGUCCAGUUCGAGGGGCGGAACAGCAGAGACAAAGACGAAGUGAUGGCUCCUGGGCCCCCCAGACCAGGGGCCCCCCAGGGGAUGGUGACAUUCCGGGAUGUGGCUGUGAUCUUCUCCCCGGGGGAGUGGAGGCUCCUGGACCCUCCCCAGAAGCAGCUGUACCGAGAGGUGAUGCUGGAGAACUACCGGACCCUGGUGUGGCUGGCAGGCUUUGUGGGUGCCAAGCCAGAGGUGAUCUCUCAUCUGGAGCAAGGGGAUGCACCCUGGGUGCCCGAGGACCCUUUUCCAAGUGGCAGCUGCACAGAUCGGGAUACUGAACGUCACACCAAUGAGCCAACUCCAAAGCUGCACCAUUCUAAGGGAAAAUUAUACCAGAAAAAAAUCUCUGGAGGUGGUCAUUCAAUCUCAGAGUUGCAGAAAGGUUCGAAAUAUGCCAGGUCUAAGAAGGAGCACAACAAAGAGCAAGGUUUUACACUUGGAAAAAUCAAGAAAGGGAAACCCCACAAUCAAAUGAGAGGUCAUAAAUACUUUAAAAAUAGCAAAAAGUCUAAUUUAGAGGCAGGCCUUUUUCCACAAAGGGAAGUUUCCAUAGGAAAGAAACUUCAUAAAUUGGAUACACAGAGAAAGAACUUCAGACUGUCUUCAGUCCUAAAAAAAUAUAAUAGAGGUUGCAGAAGGAAGAUAGAUUCAAAUGACACUGAAGGUAAACAGUCCUUGAAUUAUAAUUUUCACCUUACUAAAAAACACAGAAUACAUACAAGAGAGAAAGUUUAUGAAUGUCAUGAAUGUGGGAAGACCUUUCAUCAGAAUACAUAUCUUCAAAAACAUCAGAGAGUUCAUACUGGAGAGAAGUCUUAUGCAUGUAAAGAGUGUGGGAAGACCUUCCUCCGGUCUUCUGAACUUACUCGACACCAAAGAAUACAUACUGGUGAAAAACCUUAUGAAUGCAAUGAAUGUGGGAAGGCCUUCCGCUCUAAAUCACACCUUACUGAGCAUCAGAGAAUCCAUACUAGCGAGAAACCUUUUGCAUGUGAAGAAUGUGGGAAGGCCUUUCUCCGGAGAACUGACCUUAAACAACACCAGAGAAUUCACACUGGAGAAAGACCUUUUGAAUGUAAUGAAUGUGGAAAGGCCUUCCGCCAGAGUUCAUACCUUAGAAGACAUGAAAGAAUUCAUACUGGAGAGAAACGUUAUGAAUGCAAAAUAUGUGGGAAAGCAUUCCUCCGAGCAACUGAAGUUACUCUACAUCAGAGAACACACACUGGAGAAAAACCUUAUGAAUGCAAUGAGUGUGGAAAGACUUUCCGCUGGAAAACACACCUUACUGAACAUCAGAGAACUCACACUGGAGAGAAACCUCAUGUAUGUAAUUAUUGUGGGAAGGCUUUUCUCCGAAGCACUAAUCUUAUUCAGCACCAGAGAAUUCAUACUGGCGAAAAGCCUUAUAAAUGCAAUGAAUGUGGGAAAGCCUUCUGUCAGAGAUCAGAUCUUGUUCAACAUAAGAGAAUUCAUACUGGAGAGAAACCUUAUAAAUGCAGUGAAUGUGGAAAGGCCUUUUCUCAGAAGACAGCUCUUAAUCAACAUAACAGAAUUCAUACUGGAGAGAAACCAUAUGUCUGCAGUGACUGUGGGAAGGCCUUUCAAUGGAGCACAGUACUUGUAAGACAUCGGAGAACACAUACUGGAGAGAAACCUUAUGGGUGUUCUGAAUGUGGGAAAUCCUUCAGUCAGAAGGCAAAACUUAUUCGACAUCAGCGAAUUCACACUGGAGAGAAACCAUUUGAAUGUAAUGAAUGUAAAAAGGCCUUCUCUCGGAAAGCAGACCUAACAAUACAUUAUAGGAAGCACACUGGAGAGAAGCCUUAUAAAUGCAAUGAGUGUGGGAAGGCUUUUCGCUAUAACUCACACCUUACUCAACAUCAGAAAAUUCAUACUGGAGAAAAACCUUAUGAGUGCACUGAAUGUGGAAAGGCCUUCAUCUGGCGGACAGCUUUUAAUCAGCAUCGGCGAAUUCAUACAGGGGAAAAAACUGAUGAAUGAAAAAAUCCAAUGAAUGAGUAUGCUUUCCAGGAGGAAAGAAUUUAUUCAAGAGCAGAUAAUUCACAUGGGCAACAACAUGAGAAACUCCUUUAUAAAAAACUCAGUUAUUGAACAUCAAGAUAGUUCAAACUAGAGAGAAAUUGCUUGAAUGUAAUGAUUGAGGAAAGACUUUUCUACAGGAAAAAAAAAAAGACUUCCUAAAUGUCAUACUCCACAGUACCUAGGAACUGCAUAAGUAUUGUUGUUGUUGUUCGUUCAUUGUUUCUGAAGAGAGCCAAUGACAUCACAGGAUAAUGUCUUGACUCACACAUAAAUUGGACUUAAGUGAAGCAGAGUUGCAGAAUGUCAUUGGCUUCACUCUCUUCCAGAGUCAUCAAAGUCCCAUGAUAAGAUAAAAAUCAGGACAGUUGAUUGGUGAUGGUCCAAGAUUUAGUGGAUAGCCUUGGCUUCUUUGAUGUUUUACCAAACUCUAAGUUCUCCACAAUGCCUGCUUCAGUUGCCUGCAUGGCUAUUGAAACAAAUUGUUGUCAUCUUCUGCCUAUUCUGCCUGGAGAAGUCUUCACAUGCCUGGGGUAGAAGCCUAUAGGUUCCCUCAUCAAAGUUUAGCCCAUCUGAUGAGUUGCAUUCCUGAGUUAUGGAUGCUACACAUGCUACAGAUUGGGAAUCCCUUCUGUGAAUGAAACUAGCCUCCUGCCUCAGCAGAGCAUCGAUGAGUGAUACAGAAAAAAAGAGACAAACUUUCUGUUAUUGCCAAAGUGUUCAUUUGUUUUUUCUUGAUUCUCCUUAUUUCUUACAAGGCAGGGCUCCUUUGAGGAGAAGCAAAUCAAUGUGGAUUGAAACACAAAUAAAAUGUAGAAAGUGAAUCCUACAACCAGACCAAAUGAGUUACAUUCUGACAUAGACAUUAGAAUGUCACCUAGACUGUGGAAUUAGAUUUAAACUGAUUGGAUAGAUGUGCCCAAAGAAUAUUUAUUAGUGGUUGAAAGAUAGUUUGCUAGGUGGCAUCCACAUGAAUGCCUUAGGGAAGAGUUCUUUGGCCUCUACUGUCAUACCCUUUUUGGAAAUAUAUAAAGGCUUAGACAGUAUGCUUAUCAGAUUGGCAGGUGGCACAGUCAGGAAUAGAGGGGAGGACUAAGCAUUUACUAAGUGUCUAUUAUGUCCCAGUCACUGUGUUAAAUGCUUUACCAAUAUUAUCUCAUUUGUUCCUUGCAGCAGUCCUGGAAGGUAGAUACUAUUAUUCUCCCAGUUUUAUAGUUGAGGAAACCAAGUAGUUGGGUAUCACCCCAAAUCACCCAACUAGGAAGUAUCUUGAUGCCAGAUUUGAACUUGGCCAUUCUGAUUCCAGUGUGACACCCAGCUGUCUCUGUGUAGUGUACAUAACUCUUGGGGUGAGAGUAGAACUCUGAAAGAACUUUGACAGACUAAAGCAUGGGUGGGCAAACUAAGGUCAAUACCCAGCCCUCUGCUUGUUUUUCUAUAGCCCCAAAACUAAGAAUGACUCUUACAUUUUAAAAUACAGUAAGGGGGCAGCUGGGUAUCUCAGUGGAUUGAGAGCCAGGCCUAGAGACGGGAGGUCCUAGGUUCAAAUUUGGACUCAGACACUUCGUAGCUGUGUGACCCUGGGUAAGUCACUUAACCCCCAUUGCCUAGCCCUUACCACUCUUCUACCUUGGAACCAAUACACAGUAUUGAUUCCAAAAUGGAAGGUAAUUUAAAAAAAAUAAAUAAAUACGAUUUUACUUAAAAAUAUAAAAAGCACUCAGCUCAAAGACUAUAAAAGUAGACAGUGGCUGAAUCUGGCUCCUUGAAGUGGAGCAUUGAAAUAAAAUAAGAUUAAAUGGAUGGUAUGAUAAUGAUGUUCUGAAUCCUUGGGUUCUCUGGAUCCAACUCACCUAUGUAAUAUGGGGAAAGAAUAGGUAGAAAAAGAUGUUCUUAAAAGAUCUGUGUUCUAAUGCAUAGAAAGAUAAUAAAGGAUCUAAGUAAUCAGUGUUAGAAAGCUGUAGGAAUUCAUGGAAAUUAGUGCAUUGUUAGUAGGGUUGCAAAUUAAUCCAGUUAUUUGGGAAAAUGAUGUGGAAUUAUGAAAAAAGUGUCAAUGAUUUAUAUGUCUGACCUGGUGAUUCCAAUGAUAUUUAGAUGACUUAGGACAUAAAAGAUAUUAAGACAAAUCCCACAUAUAUGCCAAAAUAUUCAUAGCAGAAGAUUUUUGUGUUAGCAAAAAUGAUGAGCAAAAUAAAUGGCUGCCCUCUUGGGGAUUGGCUGAAUAAAUUAGGGGCUACUCAUGUCAUUGGAAAUGUGCCAUAAAAGCAGCAGUUUUAAGAAAUUCAGAGAAAGCAAAAAAAUGAUUAGGAAGUUAUAUAGACUGAAUGAAGUAUGCAGAUCUUUGAGAACUAUACACAUCGACUCAUGUAAAUCAAAAACAAAGAAUAGCUGCAUCAGCCAAUCAACAGUAUAUUGACUACCGUGUUCUAAACAUUCCUUCCUUCCUUCCUUCCUUCCUUCCUUCCUUCCUUCCUUCCUUCCUUCCUUCCUUCCUUCCUUCCUUCCUUCCUUCCUUCCUUCCUUCCUUCCUUCCUUCCUUCCUUCCUUCCUUCCUUCCUUCCUUCCUUCCUUCCUUCCUUCCUUCCUUCCUUCCUUCCUUCCUUCCUUCCUUCCUUCCUUCCUUCCUUCCUUCCUUCCUUCCUUCCUUCCUUCCUUCCUUCCUUCCUUCCUUCCUUCCUUCCUUCCCCUUACUUUCUAUUUUAGAAUCUAUUCUCAGUGACAGAUCCAAGGCUGAAGAGCAGUAAGAGCUAGGCAAUGGAGGUUAAAUAACUUCCUAGGAUCACACAGCUAGGAAAUGUCUUGAGGUCCAAGUUGAACCCAGGACCUCACAUCUCCAGGCUUGGUUGGCUCUUUAUCCACUGAGACAUCAAGUUGCCCUUAAUCUCAUUUCUUAUAUACUUCUGUCCAGUUUUCCCAGCAGAUUUUAUUAAGUGAUAAGUUCUUAAUCCAGUGACUGGGGACUUAGUGUUUAUGGAAUACUGGGCUAUGAAGUAGAUUUGCUUCUCUUGGUUAUGUGCCCAAUCUAUUCUAUGAGCUGAUCUCUCUGUUUUUUAAACAGUGCUGAACUUUUUUGAGAAUUUCUGCUUCUUGAUAUGGUUUUAGAUCUGGCACAUCUCUGUUUUCGUGGCUUUUAUUAUUUCUCUCAAGAUACCUGAUUUUUUUUUGCCUUCUUAUGAAUUUUAUGAUUUUUUCUAGUUUUAAAGUAAUCCUUUGGCAUUUUAAUUGUUGUGUCACUAACGAAAUAUAUUAAUUUAGCUAAUAUUGUCAUUUUUAUUAUAUUGAUUCACCCUUCCCUUGAGCUAUUCUAUUUCCCUAAUUAUUUAGGUUUAUUUUUGUCAAAUGUGUUUAUAACUAUCUUUUUAUAGGUUGACUCCCAAGCACUUUAUAUAUGCUAGAGUUAUUUGAAAUCUGUACAUAUAUUGAAAUUAUCUAUCCUCCUGGGUUUUAUUGGUAUUAUAUAAAAAUGCUGGUGAUGUAUAUGUAUUUAUUUUAAUCCAGCAAGUUUUCUGCUGUUUCUAAUUGUUGUAGUUAAUGUUUGAUUGACCCAUAAGAGUUCAGGCAACCAAUCAACAAACAUUGAUUGUUGUUCAGUCAUUUCAGCUUUUUCCAAUUCUUCGUGACCCUACUUGGAGUCUUCUUGGCCAAGACACUGGAGUGGGCUGCCAUUUCCUCCCCAGUUCACUUUACAGUUGAGGAAACGGAGAGAAAUAGUGUCAAGUGAUCUGCCCAAGUGAGUAGAUACAACUAGUAAGUGUCUAAGGCCAGCUUUGACCUUAAGAAGAGUUUUCCUGAGUCCAGACCCAGCAUUCUAUCCACUAUAUCACUUAGCUGCUUAAACAUUUAAGUUUCUAGUAUGUAGCAGGCACUAUACUUAAUGCUGGAGAUACAAAAAUGGACUCACUACCUAAUAGGGGUAGACAACAAGCUCACCAACUAUAUACAAGGCAUGCCAGGAAUUGUUCAAGGAGGGAAGGCAGCAGAAUUAAUGGGGAUCAGAAAAGGUCCUUUGUAGAAGGUUCUUGAGGAAAGACAGGAGGUGGAGAUGGGAAAGGAGAGCACCCUCAGCAUGCUGGACAUCCAGAGAACAUGUUAGUAGCCCAGAGAUGGAGGGUCUUCAACGUGAAAUAGCCAGGAGGCCACUGGGUAGAGGAGUAGGUGGUGGGAAGUAAGAUUUACGGAAGAAGGCCGGAGGGUGCAGGGGACAUUGUUUAUGAAAGACUUUUAAUGGUAGACAAGAGUAUCUUGUAUUUGAUCCUGGACGUCACAGGGAGGUACUGGAGUUGAUUGAGGAGAGGAGUGUGACAUGAUCUGCAUUUUAGGAAAAUCUCUUUACUGGCUAGACUGAAGAUGGAUGGGAGAGAGGAGGAACUUGUAGCAGACAGACCCCAUAGCAGCUAUUACAAUAAUUCAGGUGUGAGGUCAUGAGGGCCUGGAUCAGGGGGAGGGCAGUGUCCGAGAAAAGAAGGGGGCAUACUGGAGAGCAAUGCAGAGGUGAAGGGAGGUGAAAGGGAGGCAAGAGAAAGUGAGGAGUCAAGGAUAACUCCAAGGCUGUAAGCCUGAGAUACUGGGAAGAUGCUGUUACCUCCUACAGUAAUUGGAAGUUUGGCAUGGGGGGAAGUUUUUUUAACCUUUACCUUCUGUCUUGGAAUCAGUACUGGCUCCAAAGCAGAAGAGCAUUAAGGGUUAGACAGUGGGGGUCAAGUGACUUGCCCAGGGUCACACAGCUAAGAAGUAUCUGAGGUUAGAUUUGAUCCCAGGACUUCCCAUCUCCAGGCUUGACUCUCAAUCCACUGAACCACCUAGCUGCUCCUGAGUGGGGGAAAAUAAGUUCUAUUUUGAACAUGUUGAGUUUCUGAUAUCUAGUGAACAUCCAGCUUGAGCAUUUGGGGAUGAGAGAUUGGAGAUCAACAGAAAGCUGGUAGAUUCAAGAAUCAACCACAUAAAGAUCAUAAUGAACUUCCCCUGAGGUGAUUACACCACAAGUGAAAUAAUAUAGAAGGAAAAGAGAAGACGCCCAUGACAGAGCCCCAACGGAGACCUGUGGUUAGAAGAUGUGACGUAGAUCUAGUAAAGGAGCCUGAGAAGGAGGGAUCUGACCAUACCUGAUGGAGAAGAGGGUGAUCACCAGUGCCAGAGGCCACAGAGAGUCAAGGAGCAUGACUAAGAAAAUCUAUUGGAUUUGGCAACUAAGUUUGAUGAGUCCUGAAGCUGGAUUAUAAGGGGCUAAAACGUGAGUGAGAAGAGAUCUUAAGUCCGCCGUUGUGGCAUCUGCAAAAUAGGGGAUGGUUUGGUUCCUUCACUUAUGCCUAUUCUCUCAUUUUGCUUUCUUAUCUUACUGCUGUAGCCAUAUUUUCUAUUACUGAGUCGAAUAGAAUUGUGGACAAUGAACUUCCUUGCUAGGCUCCUGAGUUCAUUUAAAAGAUUGCUAAUUAUCUACAUAGAGCAAUAGCGUUUGGUUUUAUCUAUACUGUUUAUCAUUUUAAGAAAUGGGUCAUUUAUUCCCAAUUUUUCUAGAAUAUUGUGUUGAAAGCCUUUUCUCUAUCUGUUGCUACAAGUGUGUGCUUUUUGUUGAUUUUGUUAUCACUGGAGGAAAUUGAGAUGUACAAAAAUUUGAGUGAUUUGUCCAGAGUUACACAACUAGAAAGUGAGCAGGAAUUGAAUUCGUGUCUUGUGCUCCAUCCGCUCUGCCAACUAGCUGCCUGACAAAUGAUCCAAAUCACUAUUAAUUAGAGAAAUGUAGAAUAAAGCAAUUACAGUCAA